AUGGGAAACGCAAUAGAAUCAUUAAAAAAGUAUGUGACGAAUCGUCGUGCCCAAGAGUAUGAUGCCUUUCUUUCACAAUUGGAUCAUCCUGAGCGUCUUCCUUCAGAUAAUGUUAUCACAUUAACACUAAGUCCAACACUAUCAUCAACAGCAACAUCUGAAGCAAAAGCAACAACAACAAAAGCAGUGGCAACAUCUACCGCAUGUAGUGAAUUUUAUUCGGCAUGCCGUAAUAACCAAAUCGAUAAGGUAGAAAAAUUACUUCCAACAAUGACACUUGAUGAAAUCGACAAAUUAGAACCAAAUCAUAGUACAGCAUUACAUGCUGCAUGCUAUCAUGGUCAUAUAAGAAUUGUUCGAAUGUUGCUGGAAGCUGGAGCUGACAGAGCAAUACAAAAUAAAUACGGGUGCUUACCGUUCGACGAAGCAUUGAAUAAUAAUAUCAAAGAACUAUUUUUUCGUGUACCAAACAGUAAUCGAUUAGUAGGAAACACUGGUGUAAUUGAAUGGGAAUUAAUUGAUGACGAUGUAUUAGAUAAAGCGGCUGAAGAAAGAGACAUAAUCAAGUCUGUAUAUAAUAACGCUGCUGGAAGUGACUCUAUGAAUAAAAUGUUUGAAAAAAUCGAAAAGAAUUACAUUAAUAAAGGGCUAGCUAAUAUUCAUGGCAUUGAAAUUAUAAAACGCUUCUUUCAAAAAGCUACAAAAGAACAAGAUCCACAAUGGAUAAUUAAAGCUUACACAGCUGAAACUGAUUUUUAUACUACAUUGAAUACUGAAAUAGCAGGAGGUGCAGGCAUGUAUCAAAGCGAACGAAGAUAUAUUAUAGCAUUACUUUCUCAUCAUCCUAUCUUGAAUAAUUAUACAUUUAUCGGUCCUGCUUAUCGAGUAAUGCGACAAAACCAUGAUGACCUUAAAAAGUAUGAAGUUGACUGUUGCUUAAUGACGAAAUCAUUUUUGUCUUCAUCAAUUGAUCGCAAAGUUGCCGAAUUAUUUGUAGUUCGACAAGAAGAAGAAAGGGAAAAAGGUGGUACAAAAGCUCGCUUUAAGGCUGAUGGAAAAGUGAUUAAAUCAUGGGUGAUGUGUAUAUAUCAGAUUAAACGUAAACGCACUGCUUUACAUAUUGAAAACUCUUCUCAAUAUGCUAAUGAAGGAGAAAUAUUGAUUAUGCCUUACACUGUAUUUCAAGUUAAAAAUAUAUCGCAGUUUAAAGCUGAAUUUCUACCGGAUAAGCCACUAAUGACACAAAUUGAAUUGGAAGAAUGGAAUAAAUAA